AUGAGGGAUCGGGGGAAGGCCGGACAGCCGUCGGUGGACGAGAGAUACACGCAGUGGAAAUCUUUGGUGCCGGUGCUGUACGACUGGUUCGCCAACCACAACCUCGUCUGGCCGUCGCUCUCUUGCAGGUAUUGAUCUCGUUCCCUAUCUUCGAUCGUCUUUCCUCUCUCUUUUUUCGCCUUCACUUCACUUCUCUGCUCCUUCGAUCUUCGCUCAUUUCACUCUGUCUGUAGCUUUUUUAGGGUUUUACUAGGGUUUAGAACGGUAACCACGCGCUGUUCAGUCUGCAGCUCUGUUUCCUAAGUUUUACUGUUAUUUCUAUCCGCGGGAUUGUUUCUUGAAGACGAUAGAAAUAUAGUGAGAACACAGCAUGGGUCCUUGCCAUAUCUUCAUAUUGAUUAGCGGUUUGGGAGAUAUUAAUCUUGAUGCCUGGGGUUUGCGGUCACUUAUAGGUUCCGGCUUUUCGAAAUCGUUUGUUAUUGGGGCACUAAUUGCUGAAAAAAUGGCGGUAUAUUCUUCCGUCUCGUGUUGGGUGUGAAAAAUGAAUUGUUUGAAAGUUAUUGGAAUUGAUUCAGUUGGGGCGGUGCUAUUCUCCAAGCUUCAUAGAAGAAGAAUUUGGACAUCCUAGUGCAUCACGACGACAGGGCUGUUGGGAGAAAGAGUGCGUAUCUUAUGUUGAUCGUGGCUAUUAAAAAUAUACGCGGGAUGUUGUAUGUAUAUAAAAAUGGAUUCUGGGAAAGGAUCUGAGCGUAUUUAACCGUGAAGGGUUUCACUUUUCUGUCUCAUCUCUCGACCAUAAUCUAGAAAUAUUCAACAAUCACUGUUCUCCGACUCAGAGUUCUAAACUUUUUUUUACUUAACAGUGAUGAUAGUAAGAUGUAUUGUUCAGUGUCUCUGGUAUAUACAAAAGUUGAAAAUUCACCCGAGAAUUUAUUUUUUUUCCUUUCUUAGAUAUGUCUAUCAAGCAAGAAUUAGCACGAUCUUGGUACUAAUGACCUGAAAAGUUCUUGUGCGUCACAUUGAUUUGUGUAGAUGGGGACCUCAACUGGAGCAGGCAACGUAUAAGAAUCGGCAACGUCUCUAUUUGUCUGAACAGGUUUGUAGCAUUAACAUUGCGGCUCCUUGGUUAUCCAUCAUCUGAACGAUAAACUUCGUCAUUUGAAGAUUCUAGUGCUCUGGGAGUUUAUGAAUGCUUUCUCUUCCUGAAAAUUUAUAACUUUUCAAUGAUUUGAUCUGGCGUUUAGAUACCCUUCUAUUGAUAUUCCUCUGAGAGUUGCAUGUAGCAUUGAAGAAUAUGAAUACAGGAGGAAAAAUCCAUCAAAAAGGUUGCAACUUUUCUGUUCUGUAGAUGUUAUUAAUGUGUGGGCUGGAAUCAUAAAUUUAAAUCGAUUAUAUGCAGUUGGUGUGAAAAUCCCUGCCUAUGGCCUAAAUCCGGGUUUGAUUUUUGCCUAGUCCAAUAAAGCAGAGUUCAAUUUAAUGGUGCUGAAGUUAACAACGUUUUCACACGACCAAACCUGAGUCUUAUGAGUUUUGGACGACUAUUGCUCUCAACUCUUGUUGUCUCCAUUGUGGAUCUCAAUUCUCUGUUUUUGUUCAAUGCAAAAAAGGUUUUCAUGCUGUUCAUUUCUCUUGUUUUCUCUUUAAUUAUUUUUUAAUAUUGUACUUGAAGUUUGCCAAAAAAGGAUUGCUGAUUCGCCAUCAGUUUUUUUGUGGCUCGGCAGAAUUCGUCCUGACAUGGUUCAUAAGGGGUGGUUUGGUUCUGAUACGGGUCAUACUUCAAUUUUCGUUCGGUGUCGGUAGAAGGGAACAUAGUUUACCGUUCAGAGUAAAACUAUUUGGUCCUGAUAUGUGGCUAAUUGUUUGUCAUGGUUUUUCUAGUCCUCAUACUUUUAUAUUGUUGACUUCUUGUGGUAUCCCUUGGACCUUUUUUGUUUAAUGUGGCUUUUAUUCUUCUCUGUUAUAGUUCCAGCUAUAGUUACCGUUAUGAUAUCUAACUGUAUCUUGAUUAUUUGUUUUAUACUAAUCUGAAAUUGAUGGUCUUGCCCUGUGACUUGACAAAUUUGCAUAAUUGCAGACCGAUGGAACUGUUCCUAAUACUCUUGUCAUCGCAAAUUGUGAAAUAGUAAAACCAAGGGUUGCAGCUGCAGAGCAUAUAUCACAGGUCUGCAGUAAUUUAAUUAUCUUUCUACAGCAUCUGAAUUAUUUAGUUCAUGCUUUUCUUGAGUGAAAUGCAUCGUGUGUGCUUGAGGUUGGGCCGGACGCUUUUUCAGCUGCUCCAUAUGAAGUGUUAUAUUAAAGUGAAUCGAGUCAAUUAAAAAAAAAAUCACCUUAAAUACUCUUAUUUUUUCUUAGACAGCCUUCCUUUCCUGCACUGGGUAGGCCCUAUCUGUACUUUGAUAGGUUCUGGUCUAUGAGCCCAGAGUCAGUCUGCCUCCCCUUGCCAGUGCCUAUCCCCCGAUUCGGGAGCCCUGUAUGUAUCUUUCUAGUAGGGUCUGGGCUUCGUAGUGGUCUGCCUUAUUGCUCUCUCCCAGGGUUCUUGUUCACCUUUCGCUCGUUAAACGUACCUGACGUUCAUUUUUUCUGGGCAAGGCCCGAGCCUGGCUUAUUGAUUUUUUUAAAAUAGAUGCAUUGCUGAAAUAUUUUAUUUCGUUUUUCAUCCUACUGUUUAGUCAUUAUCAUUCUGUGCUUGCCAUGGGUGGAAGUAAUCAAAUAAUUUAGUUAUUGCCGAAAUAUUUCUCUGCAGAUAUCGAUUGUUGUCAUCAUUGUUAGAUGCUAGGAUUCUGGCUUUUGAAUAUUCUGAAUGCCUGUCAUGGUGGCUAAACAUAGAGACCUCACAGCCCUUAGAAAGGGAAUCCUUUGGUAGUAUUGUGAGUCGUGUGCAUCUUCAAUAGAGUUUACGAUCCAUAACUAUGAUGAUUUUUUCGUAAUUGUUUUAGCCUGAAUCAGGGGAAGACGGCCUAUUCUUGCGGAGCUGUGAACAGAAUCCUUGAAAGCAGUCAUAAGUUGGUUUCAUGCUGGUUUAAUGGACCUAUCGACAGAAACUGAUUUUAUAUGGGGGUUUCACGUGUCAUUUUCUUGAUCACUCUUGUAUAUUUAGCUUUUUCUGUUAUGUGUGGCUUUAUUUGUUAUUGUGGAUGUCUUCUGUCCUUGAAACUAACCUGUUAUCUAACAUUAAUUCAAAUACUACGUAUCAUAAUUGGCUGCAUUUAUCUCUUUCAGUUCAAUGAAGAAGCUCGAUCUCCCUUUGUGAAGAAGUUCAAAACUAUCAUUCAUCCUGGGGAGGUAAGGACUUUCCAUAUUAAAAAACUUUUCUUGUGCUCUUGGAAUUAACCUUCUCGCAAUCCAGUCCAAUUGCUUUGGCAAGUGCCUUCAAAGUCUUACUCUAUGUUGGGGAUGUGCGAGUCACAUUAGCUUGUGUAAUGAUAUACUUCGGAACCACCAGAACUUGGGAAGACUAUGUGCUUCUGUGUCCUACUUAUUUCGUAAUGAAGUCAUCAUGGACUUUUGCAGAUUCUGGUAAUGAACCAAAGGCCACAAUGUGUGAUAUCAUUAAUUUUAAAUCAUUCCUGUUUUCCAUAAACCAAAGAAUGGAUUGGCUUUGGCCUGACGUCAAUGUACCCUGAUCUGCUGGGUUGGCUGUUUGUUCAAUAUAAAUUUGCGUUGUUUGCAGUUGUCGGCUGGAUUUAUUAGUCUUAGAUCCGUAUGGAAAGUCUACUGAACUAUCUAAGCUGGUUGUUGUCUUUUUCCUUUCAGGUCAACAGAAUUCGGGAACUACCGCAGAAUAGUAGGAUAGUAGCCACACAUACUGACAGUCCUGAUGUAUGUUUUCAUGAAUGUCUUUAAUGGUCGAAAUGAAAGUCUGAAUGUGCGUCAUUGUGUUUAUUGUCUUUUUCUUUUUACGGGGUCUUAAGGCAACCUAUUUUCCCGUUUAGGUUCUCAUUUGGGAUGUUGAGUCUCAACCGAAUCGUCAUGCUGUCCUUGGUGCUGCUGAUUCACGUCCUGACUUGGUAUUUUCCUCUUGAUGACAAUUAUUUGAUUGGAUAAAACAUUUUCUCCACAGGAAUUUCAGAGGCCUGAAUGCCCGUGAUUUUUUGUAGUUGAAACCUGGAAUGGCCAUCUAUGGUUCGCAAUCCAAGCAUUUAAUAAUCUUUGUAAUAUAUAAUGUUUUGAAUAAAAUUUGGCUCUUGUGCAAUUUACUUUUUACUGUCUAUGUACUCCUUUGGAACUCUUUGAUUAUUAGUUUUUUUUUAUAAUUCUGAUAUCACUUGGUCAGGCCAGACUUACUGCCCCUAUAGUUUUGGUUUUGUGCAAGUUUUAAAUUUUUGGCUGCUUUAUAUAUAUUCUAAAUCUUGAACGCUUCUCACUUGGCUGUUGUUAUCACAAGAUAUUGACAGGACAUGAGGAUAAUGCUGAAUUUGCCCUCGCCAUGUGCCCCACAGAACCCUUCGUAUUAUCUGGAGGUCUGGAUCUUACCUGUUUUAAUUUUUUUAUUUUCUAAAAAAUUGGAAAUUCUUUAAUCAACAUUGAGAAAACUUAGUUUGGCUCUCAUCAAACUAUAUUUAUUUCUAUCAUUUUUCAUUUUAUUCUGUUUAACUUGCUCUCGUUUGUUAUUGGAUGGCUGUUCAAAUUAUAUAUGUAAAAGAUAAUUGGUAACUUAACUGCUCAGAGCAACCCAGCUGGUGCAACCUCGGCUGAUGACUUUUUUUGUUAUCCUACAGGAGUCAUACAAUAUUUUUUUAAAAUUUUGUCUAAGCUUUUUCUUGCUCCAUUGGCUUUACAGGGAAAGACAAAUCAGUUGUUUUGUGGAGCAUUCAAGAUCAUAUCUCUGCUGCAGCUGAGGCUUCGGCCAAGUCUCCUGGAUCUUCUGGGAGCUCAGUAAUUAAACCUUCAAAGGCUGGGAGCGAGAAAGUUUCAGACAGCCCUGUGAUUGGUCCCCGUGGUGUCUAUCUUGGUCACGAUGAUACAGUUGAAGAUGUACAAUUCUGCCCCUCUAGGUAAGGAAAGAUAGUCUUAAGCAAGUAUGGACUUCAUCAUCGUAUCAUUAGUCCGGAGUCUUCUCAGUCACAGUCUCCAGGGGCCUGAAGUCUUUUACUUGUCCAAUAAUUUUAGUUUUUUUUUCAUCUUUCAACUUGGUAACUAGUUUAUCAGUGCUGGCUAUCUAUAAAUUGAGAUGUUUUCACUUAGUUAUUUAUUUAUUACAUAUUGGUAUUUAAGGUUAGCUGCUUUGACUUUUUCAACGCUCUUCAGUACCGAUUUGCUGUAAUCACUGAUGAACGUUCUUAAAUGAACUUAAGCGCACAGGAAUUUUGUAGCGUAGGCGAUGAUUCUUGUCUGAUAUUCUGGGAUGCUCGAGUUGGUACGGCUCCAUGCAUCAAGGUAAGCUCUUUUGCUACACAUUUGAUUUCUUUCAUAUUUUCCCAUGUCUAUGCUACGCGGUUGUGUUUCUCUGUUUUCCAUCUGUGCUAAUUGGGUCCUCUAGAUCAUGGCAUCCAUGUGAAAAAGAUACAGUCAAGGCAAUUAAACACGUUAAGCUGCAAGAAAUUCUCUUGAAGAAAGAAUCACAAUAAAGCAAUGUAUCAUCUUUGUUGGUUUGCAUGUGAGCUCUCAUGAUGUUAUCAACCUUCCUGUUCUCAACAGGUUGAGAAGGCCCACGAUGCUGAUCUUCAUUGCGUUGACUGGAAUCCACAUGAUCAGAAUCUUAUCCUAACAGGGUAUAUAUAGCUCCCCUCUCAGUGUCUCUCAUCUUCGUCUUACCCCAGAUCUUCUUGUAGUUAAUGAUUUCUCUCUCCUUUGACUUUAUGCCUUCAGGUCUGCAGAUAACUCGGUUAGAAUGUUUGAUCGCCGGAACCUCAGCUCGGGUGGAAUUGGUUCACCCAUUCACAGAUUUGACGGUCACAAAGCAUCUGUUCUUUGUGUCCAGGCAUGAAACUUAUUUAUUUAUUUAUUAAUCUAUACGACUUUCUGAUCUCGAUCUGCUGUCACACUGCGCUUUCCCUUCGAUUACAGUGGUCCCCAGAUAAAGCAUCAGUCUUCGGGAGUGCUGCAGAGGACGGCUUCCUAAAUAUUUGGGAUCUUGACAAGGUAUGAAGCUUUUAUUUUAUUUUAUUUUCAAAAAAAAUAAAAUUAGUAGAAAAAAAAUGGAGCUGCUCUCUCUCACUCUUCCUUCUCUCUUGGUCUCGAAGGUGGGCAAGAAGCAAGAACGUUCUGGGACAAGGACCCAGAACGCCCCCCCCGGUCUGUUCUUUCAGCACGCGGGUCACAGGUGCCCCCACCCCCACGUUCAUCAUCUUCGCCCUCUGCCCGGCCGGCUCUCAUCCCUUCCUUCACACGUGCGUGCAGAGACAAAGUCGUUGACUUUCAUUGGAACGCCUCCGACCCUUGGACCAUUGUCAGCGUGUCCGACGACUGCGAGAGCACCGGCGGCGGCGGAACUUUGCAGGUACACAUACACGUGACCGUCACAUUUCUACAGCCGUUGACUAUAUAUAUAUAUAUAUAUAUAUAGUCCUGGCUUUUUAUUUCUUCCCCAAGAUCCUAGACCCAAAAUCCUUUUCUGGGUUUAUUUUUUAUUUUUUAUCCUAAAUGAUGCUAUCUUUGGUAUGCAGAUGUGGCGCAUGAGUGACCUGAUCUACCGGCCCGAAGAGGAGGUUCUCGCCGAGCUGGAGAAGUUCAAGCAGCACAUACAGACGUGCUCCAAGAGGCCCUGA